AUGAAAGCCAAUGCCCCGUCCCUGUCCAGGAUAAGACAGCGUCUCCUCAGCCUUCCAUCGGCCUUGGUGCUUCUUUGGAUAUGUCUUCUCUGGUGGGGCGAGCGCUACAUCUUUCAACAAAGUGUCGCCCAGUGCCUUUGGCGACAGUGGGAAUCAUGGCCAGGUCAUUCUCAGCCUCAUCAUGUCCUCCUUGUCGCUGACCCUCAACUCGUGGAUCCGCACACCUACCCCGAUAGACCAUGGCCUCUAUCGACCCUAACCAUCCUGUACACCGAUCGCUACCUCCGCCGCUCCUAUCAAUACCUACAAGAGUAUCUCCGACCAGAUGCCACCUUGUUUCUCGGUGACUUGUUUGACGGCGGAAGGGAAUGGGGUACUGCCGAAUCGACAUCUCCCGAAGAGCGUUAUAAGAAGUAUGGAUCGCAUUUCUGGAUGAAAGAAUACAUUCGCUUCUCCAACCUCUUCUUGCGAUCUUGGGCCCAAGGUCCUCAUGCAACGGUGGCUGAACCGACAGGCCGUCGCCUUCUCGCCUCUCUUCCGGGCAACCAUGAUUUGGGGUUUGCGGCAGGCAUCCAGUUGCCCGUGAAGGAGCGGUUUGAUGCAUACUUCGGGCCCCUCAACCGAGUCGAUAUCAUCGGCAAUCACUCAUUCAUCCAUUUGGACACAGUCUCUCUGAGUGCCAUGGAUCAAGUCGAUCCAAAAACUGGGAGUUCAGGGGCAGGGGACGGGAGUGCCGCCGCGACUUCUUCUGGCAAGAUCUGGAAACCGGUUGAGGAAUUUCUCGUGGAAGCCAAGUCCAUCAGAGCCAAAGCUGUACAGCAUACGUGCGAGACAAGAUUUCACUGGAAAAGCCCACUCCCACACUUGCAGUCUCCCUCAGUACAACGAGUCGCUGACGUCGGACCCUCUGAGAUGACACAGAGAAACCACCACCCAGUCAGCUCAUCUCAGUUUCCAACAAUCGUCCUCUCUCACGUCCCUCUUUACCGAUCUGGCGAGACCAGCUGCGGUCCCAUGCGAGAGCGAGGCUCUGUGAUACCCCUGCAGGCAGGCUAUCAGUAUCAGAACGUCCUUACGCCGCUGAUCUCACAGGACAUUGUCAAGCAUUUGACGGCGGAAGAGAUCACAAUGAUUUACUCCGGCGACGAUCACGACUACUGCGAGAUCGAGCACAACGAGUUCACCGGCCGCAUCAGAGAAAUCACGGUCAAAAGCAUGAGUUGGGCCAUGGGCAUCCGCAAGCCGGGCGUGCAGCUCGUCAGUCUCUGGAAUCCGGUCGAUGUGGACAUGGCAAUGUCUGGUGACCCAUCGCUUUCCACGCCGCGGGACACAGUGCAAAACCAUCUGUGUCUGCUCCCUGACCAAUUGAGCAUCUUCAUUCGCUAUGGCCAGGUGCUCGGCGUGACACUUUUCAUCCUCCUUCUAGGUGCUGUCCGGUACAAUCCCUCAGUCGCAAUUGACGAAGCAACAUCGCGCGGCAAAACCGAGCCAUUGCUACCCACCACCGAGAACCACCACCACCACAACUCCAACACCUCAAAAAGCUCUUGCAUACAGAACGGCGGCCAAGCGGAGCAUCAUCAACUCUCCACGCGCAAACUGGGCGGGUACGGCCAGCUCCCUGCCUCAUCACGGACCUCAUCGCCUUCGAAUCCGCCUUAUCAUAUCUACCACGCCCGAAAUCAUUCUCCCGGUCCAGGUCCAGGCGAGCUCGACAGCGACGACUGGGGCAUGCCGCAAUCAUUAACCAAAGCACGGCAGUGGGGAAGGAGGAACUCCGACCCGCCGCGAUCUCGAAUGGCUUUCUUUGGUCGUUCCUUGUGGCGGACCGCAUGGCCUGUUUUGUUGAUUUAUGGAUGGCUUCUCUGGAACGGUUAA